GUCAUUCCACCUCGACGCUGCUACUGCGGCUGUCAGCUUCAAACAUGGCUUCUAGACUGGAGAUCAAUUUUAUCAGAUUGUUGUCCCGCUGUGAGUCUAUAGCGUCGGAGAAACGAGGAGAAGCAGAAUGGAGGUUAGAAAAGUAUGUCGGUGCUCUGGAGGAGAUGAUUGUGGCUCUGAGGAAAAGCGUGAGCAAACCCACUGCAGAAUUACUGACUGAAUACACGAGAAAAGUAGACUUCCUGAAAGGACUUCUUGAGGCAGACAAACUGUCUUCAACGACAGAGAAGGCUUUAGCCAAUCAGUUCCUCGCCCCCGGACGAACCCCCACGAUAGCCAAUGAGAGGAUGCCGGUCUCUAAAACGGUCCACAUGCAGACGAAGGCGCGAUGCACCGGAGAGAUGAGGGACGAGCUGCUCGGCACGGGGUUGUCAGGCAAAGGCAUGUCAGAAAAUGAAUUGCGAAACAGAAGAGGAGUUCCUCUGGACGAGCGUCAGUCGGCGGCAGAGCUGGAGGCCGUGCUGCAGCACCACCACAACCUGCAGGAGAAACUGGCCGAGGACAUGCUGAACCUGGCCAGGAACCUGAAGAACAACAGCCUGGCAGCGCAGAACAUCAUCAAGCAGGACAACCAGACUCUGAGCCAGUCGAUGCGUCAGGCCGAUCUGAACUUCGAGAAGCUGAAGACGGAGUCGGAGCGUCUGGAGCAGCACACCAAGAAGUCUGUGAACUGGCUGCUGUGGCUGAUGCUCAUCCUCGUCUCCUUCUCCUUCAUCAGCAUGAUCCUCUUCAUCAGAAUCUUCCCCCGGCUGCGAUGAUGACCAUCAACAACCCCCCCCCCCCGAACUCUUAGUGCUUCCUCCUCCUGCGUAACGCAGCGGAGACGGACUGAAACAUAUGCACUUUUGAAAAUAGAAGUAUCUUCCUCGUGGAGGUUUAGAAACGUGGUUUCAGUUUCCUUUUUUUAAACGGAAUACAAAAUGGAUGGUGAAGAAGAGCUUCCUGUCUUACCCAGAGAGCAGGGAGUAAGCCUUAAUUAUUUCAUCAUCGGGUAGACUAGCCGUGUUUACAUGUGGUUCUCAUGCAGUGCGACUAAAUCAUCUUUUGUAGAACUUUUUCCAAACAUCUUGAAGAGUUCACAAACCGUCCUCCAUCUACUGUCAGACACCGUUUAAACACUAUAUUAAAUACAUAUCUAAAAUCCUGACUUAUAGACAUCUGUGGAAAUCUUAAAAUAGUUUAGAAAAACACUUUAACUGCAUUUAUGAGCCCUUGUUUGAUAAUGAUUUGUGGCUAUAAGGACAUCUUUAAGUGUUUCUCAACAUUAUAUCCUCUCCUGUGAAGACAUAUUAAUCAGCGGUAUUAUUAGCUGUUUAUAGAGCAGGAGGCGUUAUAUUUGUUGAAAAAUAUAUUAAUAUACUACUUAUAAAUGCUUUUGGGUUAAAGUGUUUCAUUCCAAAACGACUAAACUGAUGUCAGCAUUGGUUCAAUUUUAUUCUAAUAAGUUCAGUUUUCGAGACGUUCAUUGUGAAGAAAUGGAGUAAAGGAGAGAAGGAAAAAUGCUUAAUGUUUUAUUUUGCAUAUAAAGACUAAAAGUCGCGAUGUUGAGAAUAAAAUCCAAGUUUCUAUAUGCGCUAACACUUGUGGAAUUAUCAUAAUAGCUUGAUUUAUUUCUUGACGUAUUUAGACAAGAUUAAAAAAAGGUAGUAAAAUGGAAACUUUAUUUUCAAGAGUUCGUCUCUUUGAAAUACUACAGAAACAAUGAUUUUAUUCUUUACAUUUCGACUGUAUUCUCAAAAAUAAAGUCAAACGUAUCCCCCUUUUUCGCUCAUUAGAGCUUUGUGGCGUCAGAGUUUUAAAAUGUUCGGCCCCCCUCCUCAUGAGUCCGAUUCCCUGAGUCCUGUUCCUUGUGUUUGAGUCUGUGAGUGUCCGUGGUUGAUUCGAUAAAUGUGCGUCAGGUGAUGAAUUGUCUUGUGUUGCUGAGGAUGUUGAAGUGAAUUUGUUCCCAUUAAAAUGACUGUAACCCCCUGUAUCAACUACAUCCAGACUGGCUGUUGUAAAUGUAUUUAAGAUCACAAGAAAGUAUGAAGAUGCUAAAAUAUCGUUUUGGCAUAAAAACUGUGUGUGAGUUGUAGGAGCUCUGUGUGACCUUCCCUCAUAAACUAAAACACUACA